GUAAACAUCACAACACCUUAUUACUGAGUGCGCCGAGACGACGACCGUUCAUUCCAUAUACUUUGAUACGGCUGAUGUCGCAUUUGGAGUGGUGGCGUCUGUGGAGCUGUUUCUGAUACACGCUUUUGUUAAAGCGCUGAGACUGUAUGAUCAGGGCCGAUCCUAGUAGGUGUGCAGCGCGUGCACCGCACGCGGGCGGCCAAAAAAAGGGGCGGCCGCAGACCGCAUCUACCUUUAUACUUUUAUUAAUCAAGCAAAAUUUUUCAAUUAUUUUAUUUCUCAAGCUUACCUAUUUUUAAAGGGUUUACAAAUUUAGUGAAUAUGCACUUAGGAUAUUAUUAUGUUAUUUAAAUAAACUAAAAAUAGGUUAAGUAGUUGUUAUUCAUUUUUUUGAUACAGAAAACAUUUUUAUUUUACAAAAUAUAUGUUAAAAAAUCCCUGAAAUGUAACGCUACUGGAAAAAAAUCUGACCUGAGGGAAUUUCGAAAUGUCCUUGAAGAGGAAGAAAACUCUGCUCGCCCCGCUAUAUUUCCCCUACAUGCUUGCGUAGAAUUUGAUUGUAAAUCGUAGUAAACUGAUUCGCUCUGGCGAUGGCGUGCCGAUUGUAACCGAAUAUAACCGAACGUAAUGAAUCUCUCCGUGAUCUGUCCCGAUACUCAAAUCGAAGAUCUCCAUGGCAGAAUAUCAAAACUAUAUAGUGUAUUAUGAUGUCUUCCAGAAAGACUAAAAGACAGUCGGGUGCCUUCUAUAGAAAAGAGAAGAAUAAAAGAAUAGAAGAAAUCUCUAAACAAGCGGGAGCAUUGAGAAAAUAUUUCAGAGAACCGGAAAAAACUGAACCUGAACCUGAACAAAAAGAUUUGAUUCAAAAUGCGGUGUUUGAUUAUUCACAACCAUCCACCAGUACUUAUGACGAUAAAAACACCAAAUCCAAGGACCUCACACCUGAUGAAGGCGAUGAAAUGGCAAGUUCAUCAUCAACAUCAUCAAACAGUUUCAUUCCCAGUGAGCCCGAAUGUGAAGAUGAGACUGAAAAGGAAGAGGAUUCUGCUCAAAUAGCCCUAGAUGAUCCAGGUACUUGGCCUAACAUUUUAACGAAAACAUAUAUUGAUUUAUUGGUAGAACAUGGUCCCAAACAAGUAACAAAUUUUAAAUUUCCGGUGGAUGAGGAUGGCAGAAAAUUUAGCAGUUCAUAUUAUAUCAAAACUUUAGUGAACGGGGAGAAAAUAAAUCGCGCGUGGCUCUCCUAUUCCAUAAAACUUAAUCGUAUUUUUUGUUUUGCAUGUAAAUUGUUUAGCAAAGUUAGUUCAACACAACUUGUAAAUACUGGCUUUUCUGAUUGGCGUCAUUGUUCGGACUACCUCAAUAAGCACGAAAAUACUCUAAAACACGUAAAUUCUAUUAGAUCGUGAUGCGAGUUAAAGAUAAGGCUGGAAAAAAAAAUUACUAUUGACGCGGAACAACAAAAUGUUUACAACAGGGAGAAAAAGCGAUGGCGCGCCAUCAUUGAAAGACUGAUUGCUGUAGUACAAUUUUUAGCGAGUCAAAACUUGGCAUUCAGAGGAACUAGUACGAAGUUGUAUCAUAAAGAUAAUGGUAAUUUUUUAAAGGCAGUAGAGAUGUUGGCCAAAUUUGAUCCAGUUAUUUCAGAACACCUUAAUAAUAUCAGUAAAUGUAAAGAUAACAAAACCCGUAUUCCACACUACUUAGGGCAGCAUUUUCAAAAUGAGAUAAUCAAUAUUUUAGCAGACUCUAUCCGUAAUGAGAUAACACGAAUUGUCAAGAACGCCAAAUAUUAUGCUAUUAUUCUCGACUCUACACCAGACAUUAGUCACACAGAACAAAUAACGUUUGUAAUUAGGUGUGUGAAUACUACUGAUGGUAAGGUAGAUAUUUUAGAAUUUUUUCUAGGAUUUUUUCCAAUAACUAAUACCACCGGAGAAGGCCUGUGCAAUUUUCUAUUAGAAAAGCUAUUACCUAGUCUGCAACUUGAAGUUAAAGAUAUAAGGGGUCAGGGCUACGACAAUGGAUCGAACAUGAAAGGGAAAAAUAUAGGGCUUCAGAAACGGAUUCUGGAUAUAAAUCCUAGAGCAUUAUACGUGCCGUGUGCGGCUCAUACAUUAAAUCUCGUCGUUAAUGACGCUGCCAGCUCUAGUGGUGAAAUUUCUGGCUUUUUUGAUAUAGUACAAGAGGUUUAUAAUUACUUUUCUGCGUCCCCAUAUCGAUGGGAUAUACUAAAAAAGCACGUAAAAAGUCUAACUUUAAAACCGUUAAGUGAAACAAGGUGGGAAAGCCGUAUCAAUGCUAUUAGACCUCUAAAACAAGACCUAAAGAACAUUAUUACUGCAUUAAAUGUCUUAAUUGAAGAUCCUACCAGAGACACGAAAACAAAAAUGGGUGCUAAAUCAAUUAUUAAAAGUCUACAAACAUUUAAAUUUUUGUGUUCAGUUUUAAUUUGGCAUGAUUUAUUAUCAAGAAUUGAUGUCUUAAGUAAAAUGCUUCAAAAUCCUAAAUUGAAUAUCGCGGAAUGCAUUCAAGGCUUAGACAAUCUUAAAAAAUAUUUGGAAUUUCAAAGAUCUGACGAUAAUUUUAAAAUAUUUGUCGAAUCAGCAACAACUCUUGUUAGAGAUUUAGGUACUGAUCCUGAAUUUCCCAUCUCAAAGCUUAGGAAAAAGGCCCGUUUAUUUGAUUACGAGGGUAGUGAUGAACCAAUUUCAAAUCCCGUCCAACAGUUCAAAACUGCUUUCUAUUUUACAAUUCUUGAUCACGCGAUCUCCUCGGUAAAUGAAAGAUUUACCUUGUUAUCUGAGUGCUAUUCAAUAUUCUGCUUUCUGUAUGAGUUUCAUAAAAUUUCUAAUGAAAACCUUAUGAAAGCCUGCAUGGACUUAGAUAUUAAGUUACAGGUACGGGAGGAAGAAAAUAUCGUGAAAGAUAUAGACGGUAUACAACUCUUUAAUGAACUAACUUCAUUCAAAGAUAUUUUUCCAGGUGAAAAACAGCCAACUGAAAUAUUAGAGAUAAUAGUCAAAAAUGAUCUCAUUCCCUGUUUUCCGAAUUUUGCUCUGGCAUUAAGAAUAUUUUUAACCUUACCUGUUUCUGUGGCUUCAGGCGAAAGAAGUUUUAGUAAAUUAAAAAUUAUUAAAAAUUACUUAAGAAAUAAUAUGACACAAGAAAGGCUUACAGAUUUGGCCAUCAUUUCUAUCGAAUCCGCAUUCUCUGAAAAAAUUGAUUUGACCGAAAUUAUUGACAAAUUUGCUUCUCAGAAAGCCAGAAAAGUUAGUUUAUAGUUAAUUAUUAGGUAACCUUUGUAGAAGGACUGAUUACAUACCUUUCACGAGAUUUAUGAUGUUUAAGUACUUUUUGUUAUAAGAUUGUAUUUUCUGAGUGAAUAUACUGUUGUUUUGUAUUUGUAAUUAUAAAAUGUCUAUUUAUACUUAUAAGGAUUUAUUUUUGUUUUUUAGUAUCUUGGUAAAGUAUUUUUUCACUAUUAUAACCUGGCUGGCCAUAAAAUAAAAUUUUGCGUUUCAAAUUU